GACGACCUUCUUCGAACUAUUUCGUCGUACACAUCCAAACCGAACAGAAUUUCUCGCCCGCCAGCACGCGCUUGGUGUGCGUGGAUUCGUUCCGACGCGACGAAUCUUUGUGGGGGGGACAACGGAACUUGUGCACGCAUCCUUUGCACGACAUUCCCGUUGGCUAACGACUGUCCAAGACUCGGUUGGGCACAUCACAGUCAACUUCGACACGCACCAUACCAUUCUCGGGUUCGAGCGAUCCUAGAUUGCACGUGUCGACCAAACGGAAAAGCUGUACGAAGCGAGGAAGUGUAAGAUACGGAAAAUGGCAGCGGCACAAGAGCACCAACGAUCGCUUCACGAGGAUGAAGAAGGAACCGACGCUUCGGCGUGGAUGUUGAACGAUGCUAGUCGUUCACCCGACUGCGUCCUCUUUCAACCAACACCGUUGUUAAUUCCCAAACCGCAAUCACCGGGCGUUAACGAGAGUAGCGGAACGACUCAAUUAACGACUGCUGGUCUAGGAGUGGAAGUCAACGUUGCUGCCGUUGCCGCAUCCAACGAAACCUUGUCUCGUACGGUUCCGGUUCGCAACGAAACCCCGGUAGUUGACGAAUCAGCAUCCAGCCAACCCGAGACAAGACCAUUGAUAUCAAUACCGAACCAUGAUUCCCAUUUCGAGGAGACAGAGCAGCAACGAGGAGUACUGAAUUUGUUCGACCCCGAUCGGGUCACACCCUUGCGUGGACAGCACCAGCAUAUCGCCGAAGAGCAACUUGGGAGUCAACUGCAUCACUCGCGCAUGCCCUCCACGAUACAAGAAACCGAUUACGAAAUGGACGACGAAGUUACAAACACGGAUACGAAUGACAAAGCCCAUCCCUUGAUCUCGUUGUCCCCACGACGAUCAUCAUACUCGUCAUCUGAACUUACCAGUCUGCUUGACCGGCAGGAACACGUUGCCUACGCAGGGGAAACAAGCACAGCAGCAUACCGGCAGUCGCCACCGUCCAGUCCUCCCUCUUCCCCCGGAUUGAAGCGUUCUUCGUCGAGACGUGAUUAUUCACACGACGACGAUGGCAUGUUCGUCCCCGUUUACGCCACAACCAAAGCUUUUGGCCGGAUUUCCAAACAUGUCUUGUCCGCACAGCACGUCUCACCCUUUGCCGCCGCCACGUGGAUUGGUUUUUGGGCCCUCCUCCUCGUUACCUGCGCCAAUUACGUACUGACCCCGAUGCGGGACGCCAUUGCCCUCCAAAUUGGAGUCCAGCACAUGCCCAAACUCACCUUGGCGAGUACCGUCAUGGCCUUUUGCAGUUCCGUCCCCAUUGGCUGGCUUUUUGAAGCCCCCGAUCCGGGACGGCGACGUGUUUGGAAACGCAUGGGACUCACCCGCGGUGAAACGCAAGGAUCCAGUUUGGCACUCUUUUACCGAUGCUUUGCUAUUAUUCUGAUCUCCUACGCCGCCGGCUUUGCCCUGACGGAAUGGUUGCGACAGCACCACGAUACACCGUUGCACGACGCCGCCCAAUCGGUCCCGUCCUCGAUGAAGGAAUCGUUCCGAACCUGGUGGCCCGAAUUUUUCUUUCUGCAGCGCUCGCUGUGGUUGUACCUGGGGCAAGGCCUUUACAUUGCCUUUUUCCUCGUGGUGCAUCUCAUGAAACUGCAUUCGCUGAGUUUGGUUUGGGGUGUCACCACGGAAGCGAUGGAGUACGAGGAAGUCGCGCGCAAGAGAAACACCACAAUGGAAAGUAGCAAGACCAGAAUUCAACGAUUGGCUUUGGUGGGAUUCGGUGGUACCAUGGGUGGUAUUCUGGGAAGUGCCAUGGCAUCUUCCAUGGCUCGCCUUUUGAAGUUGCCCGGACUUUUGCUACUCGCGGCAUUCUUGUUGGAAAUUUCGGCCGAGUUGUCCAUCGAGCUGGGUCGGAUAAUGCAAAAACACUGGGAAGAACAGCAAUUGUUUCAAUCGACUAACGAUCUGGCUUCGCUCGAUGCGAGUAUGAAGCGCUCGUCUUCGUUGGGUUCAAUGAAACGUGUCGCCUCGGGCAAUUCGUUAAAUCGCGUCAAAUCGGCAUCAGAGUUGUCGAAAGCGAACGGGGGUUCCAGUACAACGUCGGAAACGAAAGAAGAGAAACCGCUGGUGAACGGAGAUACUUUUGUACAGAGACUGCUACGCGGCAUUACCACGAUUUUGCGCUCCCGCUUGCUGAUGGCCAUAUUUACGUACAAUGCCUUGUACGCGAGUACCACGGUAUUGUUAAGUUUCCAAAGGGCGGCUCUGGUGGCCAAUCGGAACGAUUCCACCACGACCGAAGCCGACACGGCCUUUUUGGCUAACGUGAACAUGGCAAGCUCCGUCGCCAUUUUUGCCCUGCAAGCCAGUGGUGUUGGCGCGUACAUGGCACAGGCCUGUGGCCCGCGCAAAACCCUAGCAUUGAUGCCCUUGAUUCGUCUGCUGGGCGUCCUGGCACUGGCAUGGUGGCACCACACCUCCAACGGUCAACCACCCAACUUGCUGGUCUUCCUCGUCGUUGACGAAUGCACGAAAAUUAUGAAUUUGGCCGUGGCCAAGCCAGUGCGCGAAUCAUUGUGGCAUGGUUUGUCCAACGAGGCCCGGUACGAAGCCAAACCGAUUGUUGAUACGCUGGCGAAUCGAUGGGGCGGUGGCAGUGCGGCCUUUUUGGUUUCCUUUAUCAACAAAAUGCUGGAUUUGCUCGGGGUCGAGCCAGACGGCGAAGGCGGUUGCAUGAUUUUUGGCUUUCCGCCCAUUCUGUUUCUCUGCAUGCUGAUCGCUACAUGGUGGACGGUUGUGAGUGCCGAUCUGGGAACAAUUCGACGACGAAUUGAUGCCGAACUUAAGAAACGGCAGUAG